UUUGCCAGUGCGAGGCCGGGGAGGAGGGGCGGGGGGAAGCCGGGUCUGCGCUGCUGCGCGGAGCCGGAGAACCUGGAAGCCGCCGCCGCCCCCCUCUGAGCGCCCGAAGGGCCUCCGAGGACUGGGGAGGGGGUCAGGCAGGGGGCUUUGCGGGGGUUGCCCAUUGUCCACCUUCCUGGCUCUCGACCUGCGUAGCCCAGCGCCCGGAGCUGGCCUGGGGCGCGGGAGAAAUGGGGAGGGACGCCGGGGGACGGCUUUUGUGACGUGGACCCUAGGCCCGCCACGUCCGCACUGGCGUGGCUGCCGCGCUGUCAAACCCGGGGGACCUGCGCCCGUCUGGCUCCCGCCGGUAACCUAGCAGUAUAACCUCGGUACGACCCGGACACUCAUCUGUAAAAUAAUCCCAGUAACCACUGGGGUUGUUUGCUGUAGUAAAUAGGGCUGUACAUAUAAGUAUGAUAAGGACUCAAUAAAGGUGAUUCCUGAGCUGCAAGAUAAGGUCUUCCAAGACUUCUGUCUUCCAACUUUCCCAGUUCUGGCUUCAUAGUUUCUGUCCUUUCCCAAGAGCAGCAGAAAAUGAGCAAGUAUCAGGGACCAGUAACAUUCAAGGAUGUUAUUGUGGAAUUCAGCCGGGAAGAGUGGCAGCUACUGAACGCUGCUCAGAGGACCCUAUACAGGGAAGUGAUGCAAGAGAACUGUGGUCUCCUAAUCUCAGUGGGUUACCGUGUGAAUAAGCCGAAUGCAGUCUUCAAGCUGAAACAAGGAAAAGAACCAUGGAUAUUGGAAGUAGAAUUUCCACAUCGGAAUUACCCGGAAGACCUCUGGAAAAUUCAUGACCUAGGAGCGAAAUACCAGGAAAGCCGAGCCGAAAACUCAAGGAAUGGAGAACUCACAAAACAUCAGCAACCUCAACCCAGAGAGAAAAUCCAUAAAUGCAAUGAAUGUGGAAAGUCCUUCUGCCAGAAGUCUAUCCUCGUAAUACACCAGCAUAUUCACUCAAAGGACAAACCCAGGGAAUGUGGGGAAUCUGGCUCUAGAAAUGGAGACCUCACAGUACAACAGAAAACUCACACCAGAGAGAAAACCUAUGAAUGUAAAGAAUGUAAGAAAACUUUCUAUCACUUGUCAUCUCUUAGUAGACAUUUGAGGACUCACGCAGGGGAGAAACCCUAUGAAUGUAAUCAGUGUGAGAAAUCCUUCUACCAGAAGCCACACCUCGUAGAACAUCAGAAAACACACACAGGAGAGAAACCCUUCGAGUGUAACGAAUGUGGGAAGUUCUUCUAUGUUAAGGCAUACCUCAUGGUACAUCAGAAAACACACACAGGGGAGAAGCCCUAUGAAUGUAAGGAAUGUAGGAAAUCCUUUUCCCAGAAAUCACACCUCACAGUACAUCAGAGAACACAUACAGGGGAGAAACCUUAUAAAUGUAAGGAAUGUGGGAAAUUCUUUUCUAGAAAUUCACACCUCAAAACUCAUCAGAGAACUCACACAGGAGAGAAACCCUAUGAAUGUAAGGAAUGUGGGAAAUGCUUCUACCAGAAGUCAGCCCUCACAGUACAUCAGCGAACUCACACAGGGGAGAAACCCUUUGAAUGUAAUAAAUGUGGAAAAAAUUUUUACUAUAAAUCAGACCUCACUAAACAUCAGAGAAAACACACAGGGGAGAAGCCCUAUGAAUGUCAUGAAUGUGGUAAAUCUUUCUCCGUGAAUUCAGUCCUCAGAUUACAUCAGAGGACGCACACAGGAGAGAAACCUUAUGAAUGUAAGGAAUGUGGGAAAUCCUUCUCUCAGAAGUCACAUUUUAUCAUACAUCAGAGAAAACACACAGGGGAGAAACCCUAUGAAUGUCAGGAGUGUAGGAAAACUUUUAUUCAGAAAUCAAAACUUACUGCACAUCAGAAGACGCACAUAGAGGGAAAAAGCUGAUAAAUACUAUGAAUUGGAAAGUUCUUUUGGAAUUUAUCCUUCAGAAUAACUGGAUAAUUCACACAAGAGAGUAUCAUCGAUCUCAGAAAAUUUCAGUCACAGUCUUUCUUGACAGAAAAGGGAAUACACAGAAAUUCUUUAAAUCUAUAAGAGAGACAUUUUUACCAUAUGUCAGACUUAACUAAGUAUCAGAUGACCUACAAACUGUAAAACAUGAGGGAGACCAUUCUUUUAGAAGUCAUACUAGACCACACAACACAGAAAUCACAGGAAGAGAAAUCCUAUAAAAACAAAUGAAUGUCAGGAAAUUUUCUGUCAGGGCAGCCAACACUAGGUAUCCAAAAGCUCACAUGAGUGAGAAGCUCCUAUCAGCAUCCUUCCCGAGCACUCAGAAACCUCUGACACCACGUGGACUUGGAGCACUCAAAGGUGUAAGUGCACAGACUGCAACAGAGAUCAGAAGCCUUUACGGAGAAGUGAUGUGUCAGUGAACCUCAGAUCCGUGAUGCCGGGAUAGAACCUCUGCAGACAUUUCAAAUACGUGAAAGUUUCUUGACAAACAUUCAGAGAGAAUCUGUACUGAGUGAGGGUAACAGUUACACCAGAAGUCAUGUUGCAGCAGUUGGAUUCUGAGCGGUUUUCUUUGUUUUUUGGUUUUGUUGUUGUUUUUAAAGAAACCUACCAAUGUCUAGAUAUUUGAAGCUUUUUAAAAAGCACAAAUACAUUUAAAAAAAUAAACAGGUGACAUCCUUACACACAAGGAAUCCUUUAGUACGUAAAACUAGUGUGUGUCAGCACGCCACAGGACAGGUUGUGGAUGUUUAUGGGCACGUGGAUCCCGUCCAUAACUGUACUUAGGGAUAUAUGUAGCCUUCGUUCAGCAGUUUUCACGUAUGUGAAGAUAUUUCACAUUGCAUCUCAGCAUCGACUCCUGUUACUCUAAUGUGUAUUUUAAGUGUAAUAUUCUUUUAAAAUUGUAGUGCAUCUUUUUCUCCUAUUUCCCAGCAUUUUUAAAUGAAUAUAGAUAUUACUGAACCAAUCCUUCAGAAAGGUCAGCGAAUUUUACAUUAGGGACACAUUUAUUCAUAAAACAAGACUGAAAUUAUUUUUAAAAACAGCUGAAAACACUCUAUAAUAAAAAUAAAUAAUGCUAUGUAAGGAAGUAGUAUCUAUCUAGAUGUUUUAGCAGGGUGCAGAGCUUAUCUGCAUUAGAAUUUUGUAUGAGUGUUUUAAGAAUGUUCUUCACUACCUUUUUCUUCAUAGUAGAAGCAACAUGGGUAGUGGUUGAGUGUGGACUCUGGACUCUUACUGCCACGGCUCAAAUUCCAGCACGUGGCAUGCCACUUAACCUCUCUGUGCCUCUGUUUCCUUUUCUAUAAGAGAAGUGAUAAUGAUAGGACUGCUCUGAGGUACAAAUGAGUUAUUUUUAGAGCACUUAGAAUAGUGUCUCAGACACAAGAAAAGCAUAAGUUAGAUACUAUUAUAAUUUGUAUUUCUUGAAUUAUGCUGGGAAAAAAAAAGUUGGCUACCAACAUUCACCACUCACUUUAUUGCUGUAGUGCCUUGGUUUGGCUUGGUUGUGCAGUUUUCCACAAAUAAGAUUCAGAUAUUCAGAUGUGACCCAAAGCCUGUUUUUGUAGCCUACAAGCCAAGAAUAGUUUUGCAUUUCUAAAUGAGUGGGGAAAAAAAUAUUUUGUGAUAUGUGAAAAUUAUAUUCAGGUUUCAGUGUCCAUAAAUAAAGUUUUAUUAGAACACUAAUAAAAACCAUUUGUCUCUGUUUUGCCUGAGGCUGCCUUCAGCACUACAAGAACAGAGUUGAGUAGUUCUGACAGACCAUGUGGCUCAGACAGCCUAUGACAGUUACUAUCUGGCACUUUACAAAGUUAAGUUUUUCUGUUACUUAGAGCUGAAAACACUACAAUCAGUGUAUAUGAUGUACUUUUAUAUAUGUUCUGUGUUUCAGAAAUGAUGCAUACAGCAAUUUGUGGGUGGGUGGUUUUUGUGCCGUGUAUUUAUUUUGUACAUUGUAUUUAUAUGUUAAAACCCUAAGCAUUAGAAUUUUUUCAAAUGUGUCUUAUUUGUUGAACUGUAAUAAAAUCAAAACAUUUUCUGAUGGAAUGUAGCAGUACAUGUAUGAAAUAAACAUUGUCUAAAUUAAAUCAAA